CUCUAUACAGAAUGUUUUAUUGUUUCAAUAUGUCAAAGUUCAACGCCUGUCUUGACGUUAAUGUGAAACUGAAAACCUCCGCAAAAUGUCUUAGCAUCGCAGAUCAUAGAAACUCAAAACUGAAUCCAGUCCAGGUUCACCUUGUUUCUCUCUCUCUCCAUGGCCAUGAUUCCUCAUAUCCCGGUCCGUGGACAUGAAUGUUUGUUUCUUUUUCCAAUGUCUCGGACCCGGCCCGUUUCCUUUGUCCUCAAGCCGAGCCGUUAGCUUUCUUCACCAUGUCUUACACACCCUCCUCUCUCCUAACAUUAGCUUGAGAGUCAACUUGCUUUUUCCACCUCCGGGUCCAACUCUUCCCGUUCUGAACUUUUUCUCCGCCAAAUUUAGCUCCCACUUUGCUUAUUGUGAAAAGUCAACCUCUCCUUUCUUUGUAACCGUCAAACGUGGUAGACACGUUUCUUUCUCUUCCUGUUCCGUUCUCUUCUCGCCGUGUUCCUGCAUUACCUCGUGUCCUCCACGUGUAGUCUCCACGCUUCUCAGCUGUUUGCUCAGUUGCUGUACACCCUCUUCUUUUCAGCUUUGCUCGGUCCUCUUGGGAAGACGUUGUUGGUGGGAUUCGUUACUAUAGUCGAACCGGUGUGGCGUUGGUGUCGGACUCCGGAGAGGCUUCGCAUUGUCCUCACUGUUGUGAGAAAACAAGGAAUCGGGAGUUGAACACGGAUAAUCGCAGUAUACGCAUGCAUUACUACACCAAGUUCCUCUCAGUUGUCCAAUAAUGGUAUCAACUCCCAGCCAUGUGUCGUUAGUUGAAACAGCGAGGCCAGCAGCCAGAUAGCCUCAUUCGUAAUACACCAUCUCACAGCAAAUAUGAUAUCCCAAAAAAGA